AUAAAAUGCAACAGGGGAAUUUAAUAGAAUUAGCAAUUUAAAUUUUAAGAGGAAGUUCCCUUUAAUUGAUUGUAAACCAGGAUAGGGUCAGAAUUGCAUCCAGUAAGGCAAUAUGAUGUGCACGUAGUUAGUUUUCUAUUGUAUUUAGCAUAGUAAAGUUGUGCAAAAAAUACACUCCAUACAAAAGAGACAUCCAGUCUCAUUGAAUUUGGAUACAUAUCAAAAUCAAAAGAAAAAAUGACUAAAGUUGAAUGUACGAUGGGGCUAAAGAAUAUAGUAAUAGGGGUGUUUGUAAUAACAUUGCUUUUUACAAUUAUUAGUGAUGUCCAUGGUAAACGUGGUAGAGGGAGAAGUAGAUCAAAAAGCAGAGUGCAAAUCGGAUUGCCAAUAACAGGCAAAUACAGAGAUCCAGAAUCUGAUCAAUACUACAACCAUAAUGAUGGAGCUAAAAUACUGAUGGCAUCACAUUUUGAUUAUGAAUAUGUACUUGGACAUAAAAUAGUGUUUGUUUGCGUAGCCAGAGGAAACCCAAGACCUCAGAUCACUUGGUUUAAAGAUGGAACUGAAUUGUAUUACCAUUAUAAUCACCAUGUUCAUGAAUGGAAUAUUGGUCAUGAUAGCAUUAAAUCUAAGCUGGAAAUUGAUCCAGGAACACAAAUGGAUGCAGGUGUUUAUGAGUGUUCAGCUGACAACAAAUACAGUAUAGAUAGAAGAAGUUUCAAGACAGACUUCAGCAUAGCAUUUGAAUCAUAAAUAAAAAAAAAUUUAAAAAUAAAAAUACAACUUAUUGAUUAA